AUGGCAGGGUUGACAUGUAAAACAACUUUGGUAAAAGAAAUUGCCAAUAAAGGAGCAAAACACAUGUUUGAUGAAAUUGUGAUGGUGGAGAUUUCAGAGGUCCCUAGUAUGGAACGCAUUCAAAAUCAGAUUGCAGAGCAACUUGGUCUGCAUUUUGACGUGGACAGUGUAGAGCAGAGGGCACGGCGUCUGUAUAACAAAAUGAUUAUGGUGAAGUCUAAGGAAGGACGACGUGCAGAUGAUAAAAGGAGUAAGAUACUGAUAAUCUUGGACAACAUUUGGGAGAAACUUGAUUUGAGUAAAGUGGGGAUUCCUAAAUCAGAUGAAAACACAGAAAAAAUUUUGCUGUAA